UGCGCAUGCUCCACUCACUCAAGGGCUACACUGUCAUGGCGGUGGCGAGCUGAAGCUACCGGGGUAAAUCAGGAAGAGAAAGCAGCGCAGCUGGGUCAGCGUUGACAUUUAACCAAGUGUGUGGAGUUUGCUGGGGAGGACCGAGCAGACCUCCGUCCUCUGUCGACUUCUACCGGAGCUGCUGACGGACUUGACCCGCUCCAGUUUGUGAGUUUUUGCUUCUGCCAAGCGCGCUACCUGUCAAGUGUGUGGACUCAGUGACAAUAGCAACUUCCACUGCUGUGCGGAGAUAUUAAAGUCUCUCUCUCCUCGUUUGUCAUUUGACCGAGCAGAGGAGAAAACUGGUCGAGGACGAGCACCGCUUCACCUGCUUCCCUCCUUGUUACCUGCGGCACAUUUCCUCUCGGUUUUUAACGGCAUUAAUCCAUCCGUCUGGUAUCAAGUUACGGAGCAGGGGGAGAAGAGCAGUUCACUGUGGAGUGAAGCGGUGACAUUUCCAGCCUGUCCGCGACCAACAAAUUCAAUUCGCGCUUUUUUAUUUUUGCCCACUUUUUAGGGUUCAUUCGCCGAACUGUUUUGGAUGGGGAGGGAAACGUUUUGUUUGUGUGCCUGUACACUGUCAACAACUCAGCUGAGAGGGACAUAGAGCCCUCUUUCUCCUCCGACAUCGGCUGCACUGUCACCGUUGGAGGUGAACAGGUGCCUUACCUGUGAACGCCACCUGUCCCGUCCUUCCUUCCGUAGCAAUGGCUAGCGAGGAGACAGCGGGCGCUGCGCAGCCAGGUGAUGGUAAGGACGGGAGAUCGGGCGCCAUGGCGCUCAACCCCGGAGUGCCUAUCAGGGGUAUAAGGAUGAAAUUCGCCGUUCUCGCCGGCCUGGUGGAAGUUGGGGAAGUUUCCAACCGAGACAUUGUGGAGACUGUGUUCAACCUGCUGGUCGGCGGCCAGUUUGACCUGGAGAUGAACUUCAUCAUCCAGGAGCCAGAGAGCAUCGUGUGCAUGGUGGAGCUGUUGGACAAGUGUGAGCCCACGUGUCAGGCCGAGGUCUGGAGCAUCUUCACCGCCAUCCUCAAGAAGAGUGUCCGCAACCUGCAGGCAUGCACUGAUGUGGAGCUCAUCCAGCUGGUGCUCCAGCGUAUAUCCACCACUGACAGCAUGAUAGCAGACCUACUUGUGGACAUGCUGGGUGUGCUUGCCAGCUACAGCAUCACAGUAAAAGAGCUGAAGCUUUUCUUCAGCAAACUGCAAGGGCAGGAAGGCCAGUGGCCUCAUCAUGCAGUAAAGCUCCUGUCGGUGCUGAAGUACAUGGCUCACAGAAAUGGUCCUGACUCCUUCUUCAGCUUUCCAGGGAAAAAUGCAGCCGCUAUAGCUCUGCCUCCCAUAGCAAAAUGGCCAUACCAGAAUGGGUUUACAUUCCACACGUGGCUCCGCAUGGAUCCUCUCAACAACAUCAAUGUAGACAAAGACAAGCCUUACCUAUACUGUUUCCGCACCAGUAAAGGCCUAGGUUACUCUGCGCACUUUGUGGGCGGCUGUUUGAUAGUGACCUCAUUAAAAUCCAAGGGGAAAGGAUUCCAGCACUGUGUAAAGUAUGACUUCAAACCACAGAAGUGGUACAUGGUGACUCUUGUUCACGUCUACAACCGAUGGAAAAACAGUGAAAUUAGCUGCUACGUGAAUGGAGAACUGGCUUCCUAUGGAGACAUUGCCUGGUUUGUCAACACCAGUGACACAUUUGACAAGUGUUUCCUGGGAUCGUCCGAGACGGCAGAUGCCAACCGUGUGUUCUGUGGACAGAUGGGGGCAGUUUACCUGUUUGGAGAGGCUCUUAGUGCUGCUCAGAUCCUGGCUAUCUAUCAGCUGGGUCCAGGUUACCAGGGCACCUUCAAGUACAAGGCUGAGAGUGACCUGCUGUUUGCAGAGCAUCAUAAGACCUUACUGUAUGAUGGCAAACUGUCCUCUAGUAUUGCCUUCACGUAUAAUCCUCGCGCCACAGAUGCUCAGCUCUGCCUUGAGUCCUCCCCAAAGGACAACGCCUCCAUUUUUGUCCAUUCACCUCAUGCACUCAUGCUGCAGGAUGUGAAGGCUGUGGUGACUCACUCAAUCCAGAGUGGCAUACAUUCUAUCGGAGGCGUGCAGGUCCUCUUCCCUCUGUUUGCACAGCUGGAUUAUUGCCAGCCUUCUAGCCAUGAGCUGGACACCUCUGUCUGCUGCACUUUGCUAUCCUUUGUGAUGGAGCUCUUGAAGAACUCAGUGGCUAUGCAAGAGCAGGUCCUGGCCUGCAAAGGCUUUCUCGUCAUUGGCUACACUUUGGAAAAGUCUUCCAAGGUGCAUGUGACGCGGCCCGUCCUGGACAUUGUGCUGGCCUUUUCCAGAUACCUUAGCAACUUGCAGAAUGGUAUCUUGCUGCUCAAGCAGCUGUGUGACCACAUUCUGUUCAACCCCGCCAUCUGGAUCCAUGCCCCUGCCAAGGUGCAACUGACACUCUACACUUACCUUGCGACAGAGUUCAUCAGCACAGUGACCAUCUACAAUACCAUUCGCAGGGUGGGCACUGUGCUUCAGGUCAUGCAUACACUGAAAUACUACUACUGGGUUGUCAACCCACAGGACCGCAGUGGGGUCAUCCCCAAAGGCCUAGAUGGUCCACGGCCAAACCAGAAGGAGAUCCUGUCAUUGCGAGCCUUUCUGUUGUUGUUUGUCAAACAGCUCAUAAUGAAGGAUCAUGGAGUCAAAGAAGACGAGCUACAGAGUAUCCUCAACUACCUCCUUACCAUGCAUGAGGAUGACAAUCUCAUGGAUGUACUGCAGUUGUUGGUGGCUCUGAUGUCUGAACAUCCUGGGCCAAUGGUCCAGGCCUUUGACCAGCGCAAUGGGAUUCGUGUGAUUUACAAGCUUUUGGCCUCAAAAAGUGAAGGAAUAAGAGUGCAGACUCUGAAAGUAUUGGGCUACUUUCUGAAACACAUGCCACCAAAGAGGAAAGCUGAGGUCAUGCUGAGUCACGGCCUCUUCUCCCUGCUCACUGAACGCCUGAUGCUCCACUCCAACCAGUUCACCAUGACAACCUACAACGUGCUUUUUGAGAUCCUUACAGAGCAUAUCUGCACUCAAGUGAUCCAUAAACAGCAUCCGGACCCUGACUCCACUGUGCAGAUUCUCAACCCACAGAUUCUGAAGGUAAUAGCUGCUCUGCUGAAGAACUCUCCCCCGUCUCCCGAGAGCAUGGAGGUGCGCAGGGUCUUUCUGUCAGACAUGAUCAAACUCUUCAAUAACAGCCGAGAGAACCGCAGGAGCCUGCUGCAGUGCUCUGUGUGGCAGGAGUGGAUGCUCUCUCUGUGCUACAUCAACCCACGGAACAACGAGGAGCAGAAAAUCACAGAGAUGGUGUACGCUAUCUUCCGCAUCCUGCUCUACCACGCCAUCAAAUACGAGUGGGGUGGUUGGCGCGUUUGGGUGGACACCUUGUCCAUCACCCACUCCAAGGUAACCUUUGAGCAGCACAAGGAGAAUCUGUCCCGCAUGUUCCGUCAGUACCAGCGACAGGAGUCUGGAGGCUCUCUCAGCACAAUCCGAACCAUCUCUGGUGUCAGCCAAAGCUCUGAGACCAUGGAAUGUGUAAAUGGGCCACCUGCAGAGGAGGCGGCCCCUUCUACUGUCAUUGAGCUUACAGUGGACGAGCUGUCCCAGAAGUCCCCUGACUCGGCAUCUAGCUCCACCAUCACCUCCAGCCCGCAGGAGACUGCUGAUGAACGGGGUCACGCAUCUAUCACUGUGUCAAAUAUCCUGGCAAGGGCCGAGGAAGAAGAGCGAGAGUUGGUCCAGGAGCCCCCCAGAGAUGGCUCAGGUGAUGGAAAAGACUCUGAAGCAACUGUGACAGCAAAAAACCAGAUACAGAAUUGCCAGCGGUUUCAGAACAAGAUGGUAAGGCUGACCAAACCUCCCCUUGAGACCACAGCCUGUCUGGAGAACAGCGUGCUGGGUGGAGCUUCUGUCUUCAACGAGGACCUUGUUGACGUGUCGUCAGUUAGCGACCAGAUCCACCCUAGUGAUGCUGAUGAGAGCCAAGAGGAGUCCUCUUAUGCCUCUGCUGCAGGAGAAGAAUCGGAAGUAUUAAAAAAGGAGGAAGAUAAACAUGACAAUGAAGGCAAUAAAAAUGAUCAGGAAGGACAAGAGUUUAAAACAGAAGAAGAAAAAGAUGAGAAACAGGAGGUUAGCACAGAUGAAAAAGCUAGAGAGAGUGAAACUGAAGAGAAACGGGUAUCUGAUUUGGAGAGUCCUCCAACGGAAACACCUGAAGAAAAUGUGACUGAACUGCCUAAAGAAAAAGAUGAACAGUCUUCCCCCAUAGCUAAAACCACUACUUCAGACCAGCAGCCCUCAGAUACUACACUACCCUCUACAGCCCAGGAGGUUGCAGCAGCACCAGACCCCACCUCACCUAGCCAGCCUUCAGAAACCAGUGGCACCACUGGAGGGGAAACUGUGUCCAGUGCCCCAGAAAGCAGCACCACCGUAUCUAGCUCUGACCCCCAAAAAAGUGCAGUCUUUGCCAGCAAGACCAAAGAGAUUAAAAUUGCCAGACUGGAUGUGUCCAAUGUAGCCUUAGACACUGAGAGACUUGAACUGAAGGAGACCUCUACAACAGAAACAAGCCAAGGCCAGCCGACAGCAGUAGCAGCAGGAAGUUCUUCAGGUCAGCAGAGAGAGAGCGGCACCUCGGCUCCUCGCUCCACCAUGUUUCGCAUCCCAGAGUUCCGCUGGUCCCACAUGCAUCAACGCCUCCUCACUGACCUGCUUUUCUCUAUUGAGACAGACAUCCAGAUGUGGAGGAGUCACUCCACGAAGACAGUUCUGGACUUUGUGAACAGCAGUGAGAACGUUGUGUUUGUCCACAACAGCAUACACCUCAUCUCCCAGGUGGUGGACAACCUCAUCAUGGCUUGUGGCGGCAUUUUACCUCUGCUCUCUGCUGCCACCUCUUCCUCUCAUGAACUGGAGAACAUUGAGCCAUCCCAAGGCCUGGCAGUGGAGGCUUCAGUCACCUUCUUACAGCGACUCAUCAACCUUGUGGAUGUUCUCAUCUUUGCCAGCUCCCUCAACUUCACAGAGAUAGAAGCAGAGAAAAACAUGUCAUCAGGAGGCAUCCUCCGACAGUGCCUUCGCCUCGUGUGUGCAAUGGCAGUGAGAAACUGUCUGGAGUGUCAGCAAGCCCAAUGUAAGCACGGUGCAGAGGGCACACUCCGUAGCUACACAGCCAUGCCUAGCACUGUGCUUGGAACAGCCAAGUCUGCAUCUGCACAGAGUCCUGUUGAUGCAGUGACAGGCGGGAUGUCUCCAGUCAGAGACCUGGACCGGCUGCUUCAGGACAUGGACAUUAACCGCCUCAGGGCUGUCGUCUUCAGAGAUAUUGAGGACAGUAAGCAGGCCCAGUUUUUGGCUCUCGCUGUGGUGUACUUCAUCUCGGUCCUCAUGGUGUCCAAGUACCGUGACAUACUGGAGCCCCACAAUGACAAGAAACACCCUCAACGAUCCCAGUCUGCCAGGAGCACAGAUAGUGGUGGCAUUUCUGGUGGACUGGAAGUGGAGAACGGCGUCUCGCUCCGGCGGUAUGACUCCGGCAUUGGUGAGGACCACACCUCAACUGCUGCGAGCGAGGCAGACCUGUCAUCCUCUGGUGUGACACACGGUCCAGACGCCAUCUCAGAGGCCUUGUCCACGCUGUCAUCUGAGGUCAGACCUGCUCUGCCCGCUGAUUCAAAGGGCAAGAAUGUGAAGGACAUUCUGCGCAGCCUAGUGAGCGCUCCAACUGAUGAUAUCAUGGUGGACCCAAGUCUGCUGCCACCAGCGUUUCUUGUGGGUGAUGCAGCCAGAGAAUCAUCGCAACAGUUCCGCUCAUUUGAUAGAAGUGUUGUCGUUGCACCCAAGAAAGCCGGCAUGAUGCCGUCUCCAGGCACCUCCACUCCCGUCCCAGCAGCCACUGCUGCCUCUGUGUCUGCUGGGACACCUAUCGACAACGUUGCCGUGGUAUCUUCUGGCGAUGCCUCCCAGAGCACCUCUGCAGAUUCUGCAGCUGCAGGCGGCCAGGUUCCAGCCAGCACUAGCCUGCCAUCUGUCCCCCCUCUCUCCCCUGUGACCCAGAACACAGCCCCCAAUAUGAGCAUCUCAGAGCGUCUGGAGCAUGCACUGGAGAAGGCGGCUCCUCUGCUGAGAGACAUCUUUGUGGACUUUGCUCCUUUUCUCUCUCGGACCCUGCUGGGCAGCCACGGACAAGAGCUCCUUAUUGAGGGCACAAGCCUGGUGUGUAUGAAGUCCAGCAGCUCAGUAGUGGAGCUCGUCAUGCUUCUGUGUUCACAGGAAUGGCAGAACUCCAUCCAGAAGAAUGCAGGUCUUGCCUUCAUCGAGUUGGUCAAUGAAGGCAGACUGCUGAGUCACACCAUGAAGGACCACCUGGUUCGCGUGGCUAAUGAAGCUGAAUUUAUUCUCAGCCGACAGAGGGCUGAAGACAUCCAUAAACAUGCAGAGUUCGAGUCUAACUGCGCUCAGUACGCUGCAGAGAAGAGAGAUGAGGAGAAGAUGUGCGACCACCUUAUCCGAGCAGCCAAGUACCGCGACCACGUGACAGCCACACAGCUCAUCCAGAAGAUAGUCAACAUCCUGACUGACAAACAUGGAGCCUGGGGAAACUCUUCCAAAAGCCGGCCGAGGGAGUUCUGGCGCCUGGACUACUGGGAGGACGAUUUAAGGCGGCGACGUCGCUUCAUCAGGAACCCCUUUGGAUCCACUCAUUCAGAGGCUACGCUCAAAGCCGUGGCCGAACACGCAGCUGAUAUCAGUGCAUCCGAGGAGGAUAUUCUCAAAGGCAAACAGUCCAUCAGGGGUCAGGCUCUGGGAAAUCAAAACUCGGAGGGUGAGACUUUACUCGACGGGGACGAUGACAGUAUGUCCAACUUUGAGGAGAAGGACCUGGAGAACUUAACAGGCCCAGUAAACUUGAGCACCAGUGCUCAGCUGGUGGCUCCGGCCGUGGUGGUGAAAGGCACCCUGUCCAUCACCGCCUCCGAGCUAUACUUCGAGGUGGAUGAAGAGGAGCCGGGCUUCAAGGCCAUCGAUCCAAAGAUUCUAGCCUAUACGGAAGGUCUUCAUGGAAAAUGGCUGUUCACAGAGAUCCGCGCCGUCUUUUCCAGACGCUACCUACUGCAAAACACUGCUCUGGAAAUCUUCAUGGCCAACAGAACUGCAGUCAUGUUCAACUUCCCAGAUGCUGCCACUGUAAAGAAAGUGGUCCACAGUCUUCCUCGUGUUGGGGUGGGCACGAACUUUGGCCUCCCACAGACCAGGCGAAUCUCCCUGGCCACACCAAAGCAGCUAUUCAAAGCAUCCAACAUGACUCAGCGCUGGCAACGUCGGGAAAUCUCCAAUUUUGAGUACCUAAUCUUUCUCAACACCAUCUCUGGUCGGACUUAUAAUGACCUAAACCAGUAUCCGGUCUUUCCAUGGGUUAUCACCAACUACGACUCAGAGGAACUUGACCUCACUCUGCCCAGCAACUUCAGAGAUCUGUCAAAGCCCAUCGGUGCUCUGAAUCCCAAGAGGGCGGCAUUUUUUUCAGACCGAUAUGAGUCCUGGGAGGAUGAUCAGGUGCCAAAGUUCCACUAUGGCACCCACUAUUCCACCUCCAGCUUCACCCUGAUGUGGCUACUACGUAUUGAACCCUUCACCACAUUGUUCCUCAACUUCCAAGGAGGAAAGUUUGACCACGCUGACCGCACCUUCUCAUCAGUGUCCCGGGCCUGGAGGAACUGCCAGAGAGACACAUCUGAUGUCAAGGAGCUGAUCCCAGAGUUCUACUACCUCCCCGAGAUGUUUGUCAAUGCCAACAGUUACAACCUGGGAGUGAUGGAGGACGGCAGCGUGGUGUCUGAUGUGGAGCUGCCACCUUGGGCCAAGAGCCCAGAGGAGUUUGUUCGAAUCAAUCGCCUGGCUCUGGAGAGUGAGUUUGUGUCCUGCCAGCUCCACCAGUGGAUCGAUCUGAUCUUCGGCUACAAGCAGCAGGGACCUGAAGCCACCAGAGCUCUAAACGUUUUCUAUUAUCUGACCUAUGAAGGUGCAGUCAACCUGAGCUCCAUCAACGACCCAAUGCUCAGAGAGGCUGUGGAGUCUCAAAUUAGGAGUUUUGGACAGACCCCCUGCCAGUUGCUCAUUGAGCCACACCCACCCAGAAGCUCAGCCAUGCAAGUGACUCCGCUGAUGUUCACAGAGCAGAUGCAGCAGGAUGUUAUCAUGGUGUUGAAGUUCCCAUCAAACUCUCCCGUAACCCACGUAGCAGCCAACACCCAGCCAGGUCUGACGUCACCUGCCAUCAUCACUGUCACCGCCAACCGCCUGUUUGCUGUUAACAAAUGGCACGGCUUGACAGGUCAUCAGAGCUCAACGGUGCAGGACCAGCAGUACCAACUUCCUGUGGAAAUUGACCCGCUGAUAGCUAGUAACGUGGGCAGUCAUCGGCGUCAGAUCUCAGACCUGCUGGACCAGAGCAUUAAGAUCAGCUCACAGUGUUUCGUCAUCACAGCAGACAACCGCUUCAUCCUUCUGUGUGGCUUCUGGGACAAGAGCUUCCGGGUUUAUUCCACUGACUCAGGAAAAUUGACUCAGAUAGUGUUUGGGCAUCGUGACGUGGUGACUUGUCUGGCUCGCUCUGAGUCAUACAUUGGAGGAGACUGCUACGUCCUGUCAGGUUCCAGAGAUGCCACCCUGCUGCUGUGGUACUGGAACGGAAAGCACUGCAGUAUUGGAGAGAGCCCAGGCACAGAGUUUACCACGCCACGGGCCAUCCUAACAGGCCAUGACUGUGAGGUGACAUGUGCGAGUGUGUGUGCUGAGCUGGGUCUUGUCAUCAGCGGCUGCAAAGAGGGUCCUUGUCUGAUCCAUUCCAUGAAUGGGGACCUGCUGCGGACCCUGGAGGUACCAGAGCGCUGCAUGCAUCCCCGCCUCAUCCAGUCCUCUACAGAGGGACACUGCCUGAUCUAUUACGACAAGGGACAGUUUUGUCUCUUCAGUGUCAACGGCAAGCUACUAGGACAAAUGGAGGUAGAAGACAGCAUCAAGGCCAUGCUUCUCAGUCGUGAUGGCCAGUAUCUGCUGACAGGUGGAGAUGGAGGCGUAUUAUCUGUCUGGCAGGUCCACAACCUCAAGCAGCUGUUCACCUACCCAGGCUGUGAUGCAGGAAUCCGUUCCAUGGCCAUGUCACACGACCAAAGGUGCAUCAUAACUGGCAUGGCAUCUGGAAGCAUCGUGCUCUUCUACAACGACUUCAACAGGUGGCACCAUGAGUACCAAACCAGAUACUGAGCUGAAAACAGCAACAACUUGACUGACACUGAUUUGGACACUGAUGAAGAUCCAGACUGUUGCAAGUGUGAACUCUUAUCAAAGGCACUAUUCUGUCUAUCCUGAUAUCCUGAAUGUAUCUCACUGAAAGAAGAAGAAGAAAAAAAAUCUGUCCUGUUAUAGUAAAAGAAUCAAACUAUUUUUAAAAAGGGCAUUGCUAUAUUUUGUAGAUCAGAUAGAAAAUUUUCAUAUACAAAUCAUAGGGUGGGGGUUAUGUUACUGUACGGUUAAAAACAGAUCUAUUUUUAGCUGUAAGAGUCUAUUUUCAUCUCCUCCAGAAAAGAAAAGAGGGACUUGUGGGGAGCUAGUGAAAACCUUUAAUCUUGACUUAAAAAUCCAAAUAUUUGUGUACUUUAGGGUGAGUGAUUUUUCUUUUGUUAUUCUGUAGGUGUGUAUGUGGGGAGUAAUUAUUAAGCUUUCAUUCACUUUUAACAUGCUUUUUGCCAUUUUGGCGACACAGCCGUUAGAUAUGUUUGAAUAAAUAAUAAAUGUAUCAGACAGAAGGAUAAAUGAAGAGGGAAUAUACAUAUAUAUAUAAAUAUCUAUAUACAUACUGUUUAAAUGUAGUCCUUCAUAUUUAAAAUUUCCAUUCCUUCUGUACCUCUGUGCUUUCUAAGAGAUUGCGUUUCUGUGCACGGCUCACUAGUCAUAUAAAACAUAUCAGCGCAGACUUAACACAGUAUCAUUUAAUACCUAAAACAUCAAAAACAUAAAACUUCCCUAUAUCAGUGAUUUUGAAAAUGAGCUUUACAUAGAGGAGGAUGUCAGGAAAACCAUGUCAAGGAUUAUGCUUCUUUUAUAUUUACGUUUCUCUCCUAAAUGACUGAAUAAGCAAACAGUAAAUAAUUUUUUUCACCAAAACUGAUGGAAAGAGUGAAGGUAUGAGGUCAUAAUUUUUACUACUUUAUCACUAAAUAAAAUCAUGUCGUAUCAUACCUAGUGCUCAAGCCAGCUUAACAUCUCAAGUCCUCUUUGAGUCCCAUCUCCAAAGCAGCUAACAGCAAAGUGAGGUGAGCAAUGAAAGGAAGGACUUGUUGCAUUUCAGUCUGAGGUUCUUUCUCUCUUUUUUUCCAUCACAGCAGUCCAGAUCACAGGAUGAGUGAUUUUGUUAAGAUGUGAUUCAGCACUAAAAAUGGCAAUGAGACAUAUUCCUUUGGUCCUCGGUAAAAUAUAUGUCCACUUGUAUCUUUUGAUUUUGAGGAAACAUUCCUUUGUAGUUUGAGCUUUGGUGUGCUAUACGAGAACUGCUGUUAUCUAUCAACCAAUAUUUUUGCAAUCAUUUUGGAGUGUUUUGUGUGUUGAGUUCUGACAAUAAAAUGGAAUUUUAUAACUUGAA